AUGGACGAGCUGCCGACGAUCACGGCUUUUUUCCUCGGCUCGUCACUCGCCGUCGUCGUCGUCUGCCGUUUCGCCCACUGGCUCGUCGGCCUCGGCCUCGCCCUCGUGCUGGCCCAUGUCCUGCGCUCGGUGCUCACGCGGGCCGCGCGCCAGCAUCCCUCGUGGCCGCAGGGCGUCCCACCGUGGUCGUCGUCGUCGUCGUCGUCAGCCAACAAGACCAACCUCGGCGCCGAGACAGUCGAGUGGAUGAAUGCCGUGCUGGACACGGUGUGGCCGCUGAUCACGCAGCAGUACUUUGUCCCCUUUGUCGACCUGCUCGAGGACGCGCUCAUGCAGCAGGUCCCCGGCAUCGUCCACUCGUGCCGCGUCGAGGACCUGGACCAGGGCACGGUCCCGCUCAAGGUCCAGUCGCUCGCGCUCCUCGACCGCUCCGAGGCUGCCUUUCUGGGACGCCCGCCCGAGGAGCGGCUGGGCGACGAGGAUGUCGAGCACGACGUCGGCGACUUUGUCAACCUCGAGAUCACCUUUGCCUACCGUUCGCCCGCGCGCCGGCGCCGGCGCCGGCGUGGCAAGACAAACAAGGAGCCUGGCGUGGCCGAUGAGGGAGCAGCAGGAGCAGGAGAAGACCUGGACACAGGCGCAGGCGCAUCGUCGGAAACGCCCGUCGACCAGAUCCACCUGCUCAUCUACAUGGCCAUUGGCCUCCAGAAGAUUGCCGCCGUCGAGGUGCCAGUGUGGUGCGAGAUGCUGUCGAUCGAGGGCAAGAUGCGGCUCCGGCUCCAGCUGACGCCCGUCGCACCCUUUGUCAAGCACGUCGCAUUCACAUUUGUCGGCAAACCCCGCCUCGAGAUCUCGGCGCGGCCCCUGGGACGGCGCAUGAUCAUCGACGCCAUGCACCUGCCCCUCAUCUCCAGUUACGUGCUGCACUCCGUCGAGGCUGUCCUGCAGCACUUUAUCAUGCCCAAAGCCUACACCGUCGACGUCGCCGGUCUGCUCGGCGCAGGCGAGGGCCCCCAGAACGUGUAUGCGCUCGGCGUGGUGGUCUGCGUCAUCCACCAGGGCAUCGAGCUGCCAGCAGCCGACGCCAACGGCUACUCGGACCCGUUUGUGUCGCUCUCGUUUGCCAAGGCGGGCAAGCCGCUGUUUACGACGCGGGUCCUCGUGCGCACGCGCGACCCCAUCUGGCAGGAGCUCGCCAUCCUGCCCGUGUCGCAGGACGAGGUGCGGGACCACGAGCGGCUGCGGCUCACCGUGUUCGAUGCCGACCGCUUCUCGCGCGACGACCCGCUCGGCAAGAUCGACGUCUCUCUCGACGCACUCAUCAAUCGCGCCAUGGCUGAGCCCCACGAGCCGGGCGCUGCCUCGCUCCUCGAGCAGCGCACCGACAAGCUCGAGCCUGUACGUCGAGGCAGCAGUAACCCCGGCCAGGGCCGGCUGAGCUACAGCAUCGGCUUCUUCCGCCUCUCAAGGCCCAAGCACGGCGGACGCACCGCCAGCAAGGUCCAGCUGCUCGAGCGCGCUGCUGAGCGUGCUGCGGCGGCAGCGGGCGGCGGCGACGGGGCGGCGCAGAAGACGGCCGAGAACCUCGCUGACCGGGCCGCGGGUGAGCCGGCUGGCAAGACCGCUGAGCCGACUGAGAAACUAGUCGAGCAGGAGUUGGACGACGUCCGCACGCCCUUUGACCGCUUCGUCGCCUCGCUCGGCCUGCCCCUCGACCCGGCGGUGCUGGCGCAGCGGCGAGCGCGCAAGCAGCGCGUGGCGAAGCUGGUCAAGCUCAUCGAGGGCGAGGCUGCCGCCACGUAUGGCCCCCACGACGACCAGUGGCCCAGCGGCAUCCUCGCCUUCCACAUCCACGCCAUCGACGGCCUGGGCAUCGCCACCAACCAGCGCAGCUUCUCGACGAGCAAGCGCCUGGGCCAGAAGCCGCGCUACAACACGGCCACCGACAAUGCCGGCGGUGGCGAUGGCGCGGGCGACGACGGCGGCGGCGGCGGCGGCGGUGGUGGUGGCGACGCGUCUGGCGGUGCCACGCGGCUGCCCAGCUCCUAUGUCCAGGUGCUCCUCAACGACGAGCCCGUGUUUCGCACGCGCACAAAGACGCUCAACCCGCGGCCGUUUAUCAAUGCCGGCUCCGAGCGCUGGGUGGCCGACUUUGCCACGGCGCGCAUCGACUUUGUCGUACGCGACGCCCGCCAGCGCGAGAAUGACGCCGUGCUCGGCGUCGUCGGCACCGAGCUCCGCCGCGUGCUUGGCCACUCGUGCCGCAGCACGCAGUGGUACACGCUCAGCGGCGGCUUGGGCUGGGGCAAGAUCAAGGUCACGCUCCUCUGGCGCUCCGUCGAGGUCACCAUGCCCCCGCCGAUGAAGGGCUGGAACAUUGGCGUCGUGGAAGUGGCUGCCUGCCGUGUACGCGGCAUCCACGCCAGCCUGGCCGACAAGCGCACCGCCCACGUCCUCUUUGAGACUGUCGGUGGCCGGUCCGAGACGUCGAGCGUCGAGCCCGUGCUUGUGCGUGGCAACAACAACGAAGGACAGGACGAGGUGAGCUACACCUGGCCGCUGAGCGAGCCCGUGCGCAUCGCCGUGCGCCAGCGCUACCCCAACUGGCUCUACAUCCACCUCCGCGCCGACUCGCGCGUGCCGGGCCGCAACCACAAGCGCGCCCACACCGUCAUCCCGCUCAACCAGCUCGUCGAUGGCCAGCUGACGCGCCGCGAGGCGAUCCCGCUGUACGAGACCAACAACUGGCAGCAGUUUGAGCAGGACACUGGCGGCGAAACGGACAAGGAAGACGAGGGCACGGGAGGGUAUGCGAGCAGCAGUGGCGCCAGCCAGCGGAGCAAGCAGAAACAGAAGCAGAGAGCAACAACAGGCAAGAAGCACAAACAGCAACAACACGGGCACCGGCUCAAGCAGAUUGGCUGGCUCGACCUCACCCUCGUCUUUUUCCCCGGCAUCGCCCUCGAGCACGGCAGCAUCACCGCGGGCGACCACGAGAUGCGGUUCAGCCACGAGGCCUUUCUUGCCGAGCUUGACUCGGGCCAGCGCGCCAAGCCCAAGUCGCUCAGCAAGGCCCACCGCAGGAAGCUGUCUCUGUCGACCAACCCGGCGCAGGGAGGUCCUUCUAUCCUCUCGCCCUCGUCCGCUGGUGUCAACAACCUCGACGACGAAGGGGAGGAGGGAGAGUACAGGAAUGGCGAAGAGGGAUACGACGACGAGGAAGAUGAAGAUGAAGACGACGACGGCGACGAGUACGGCGAGGGCGAGGACCGCGAGAGCAGACGGGCCCGGCGCAGGACACUGCACCGGCAGGAGCGCGGCGCAGCGCAGAUCAAGACCUUCCGCACCUUUUCCUGGAUCAAGACAAACGCCGAGGACGGCCUGGGCCGCAUGAAGCGCCUCGCGAGCCAGCAGCAGCGCAAGAAGAUUGCCAAGAUGGAGAGCGAGGGUGUCUCGCGCUUCUGA